CCAACGACAGCUGUGCAAAGAGAAAAAGGAAGUGCUAAGAAUAAACAAUACUUCAUCAUUUUUAGGCUAGAUGCAGAUCUAGAAUCUAGACACAAAUAGACUACACAUCUCUAGAUUUAGAUUUCUAUAAUCUAUCUUUUCGGAUAUUAAAGAUUUAGAUCUAGAGAUCGAGAUUAAGGCAUCUAGUUUCGUCAGAAAACAGAAUUCUAGAUCUAGACAAUAUUAUAAUAAUUAUAUUUGUAAUAUUUGGUCCAGGCUCAGGCUCAGGUCUACUGAGUCAGAAUACAUUAUUAUUAUACAGGAAUACAGUCAGAUCGAGUGACACUGAGUGACUGACAGUAGACUAGUGAGUCUAGUGACAGUGUAACAGUCUUGAGUCUACUGAGAGACAGUGUGACUCAAACUCUAAAAAUGUCGGAGUCUUAUGAAUUUCUAUUCAAGUUUUUAGUCAUUGGAAGUGCAGGUGCUGGAAAGUCUUGCAUUCUUCAUCAGUUUAUUGAAAACAAAUUUAAACAAGACUCCAACCAUACUAUAGGUGUAGAGUUUGGCAGUAAAGUUGUGAAUGUUGGUGGUAAGGCAGUUAAACUACAGAUCUGGGACACUGCAGGACAAGAGAGGUUCAGAUCAGUCACCAGAAGCUACUACAGAGGUGCUGCCGGGGCCUUGUUGGUCUAUGACAUCACCAGCCGUGAAACCUACAAUGCCUUGACCAAUUGGCUCACUGAUGCCAGAACUUUGGCUAGUCCAAAUAUUGUUAUUGUACUUGUGGGUAACAAGAAAGAUCUUGAAGCAGAACGAGAAGUUACAUUUAUGGAGGCCAGUAGAUUUGCUCAGGAAAAUGAGUUAAUGUUUUUAGAAACAAGUGCUCUAACUGGAGAAAAUGUGGAAGAAACAUUUUUAAAAUGUGCAAGAUCUAUUCUUACUAAAAUAGAAUCAGGUGAGCUGGAUCCAGAAAGGAUGGGCUCAGGCAUCCAGUAUGGUGAUGCACUUCGUAGAAUGCACAGACAAGAAAAAUUACAGCCACGAACCAGUCGACCUGACUGUGCUUGUUAGAGACUUUGGGACAGGAAUUUUGUCUGUGGAUGUGUGGGCAAGAGAACCAGAAGCUCAGACAUUAUUUUUGUUGGUUUUUUUUUUUGUACCCAAAGCAGUUUUGCAAACGAAAUUCUAUGUUUGUUAACAGCAUUUCAAACAAUGUGAUGGGAAUUGGCAAUUUUUUUUUUUAGCAAGUUCAAUUGAAGAGGUAUGUUAUAAGUUGAGUAGAAUCUUAGAGCACGUAUUUUGUGUUGUAUAUGUUAAUUCACAGUAAAUCAAGAAGCUAGUUGUAACCUUGGUAGAGCUAGGUGGACUGUCAUGGGUCUCCAUUCCAGUUUUUUCAAUCUGAAGUGUAUGAUGUACCUUGUCAUUUUGUGUUGAUGAUUUCAAACAACUCUUUGUUAACUUCUACUAUGUUUCUACUCAUGUUGUAAUGUACCUCUUGGGUUUAAUUGGACUUGCUCUACGCCAGAGAUUGAUCUGUUUCAUUUGUGAUUUUGUUGCCUGAUUUGAUUUAACCUUAAGAUGUCAAUCAUGUAUUUGUAUUUUAAAUAUUUCAUUGAAACAUUUGAUUUAAUAUGAUAAACCAGAUAAAUACACAAUAUAUUUUGUUACACAAUGAAUUUCUAGAUACAGCUAUGGGCAGAGUACAGCUUAGUUCUUCAUUAUGUAUAUGUGCAUGUUUUUUUUUUCAGAACUUAUGUUGCCAUUAUAUUUUUGUUAAUACUUUGUAUAAAACAGAAACAGUAUCAGUUACGUAAUAUUUGUGCCUUUCAAAUUUCUUAAGGAAUUCUAACAAACCAAAAUGAUGUUCUUAUCUAGAUCUAAAUAAAUCAAUUUUAAUACUUUCACAUAUUUUCAGGACUUUAUAUAUGAAGGACAACUAAAAGACUAUCUUGCUUAUUUAUCUGUUUGCUUAAUAUAUACUUCCAUUGCCAUUGUGUAGCUGGAAAACAUUAAUGGCUAUUUUCUUAUUGAAUCAUCUCUCUUGUAAUCUCAAAUUAUAUCAUUGUAUUAUAUACAUGCAGUCAUUCUUUUUGUUUUAUUUUUUAGAGGGAGGGGGAUAACCAUAAUUAGAAGUUAUUGCUCCUCCAAAAAAUAAUGAGUAAGAUCUUUAAUAACCAACAAGAAAUAUUUGCAUUCAAUAAGUAUUAGUCAGGAAAUAAACUAUUAGAAUAUAUAUAUUUUUAUUUAAGUAGCAUUUUUAAUUUAAAUUGGCGCCUAUGCCUAAAGGGUAAAUUGUGUGUGUAUGUAUGUUUCUAAAAGGUUAACUUAUAGAAAUCACUGAGUUGUCACAUGACCUUUUAUUAUGGAACAAUUUCAGGUCAAAUGUCUAGCUCAACAAUCUAAAGAAUUUGUUUAACUUUGGUAUCAGAACUAUUUGAAGAUGUGAAUAAUGAAAAUAUGGAGAUGAAAAUCAAAUAAUAUAUGGACAUUUUGUUGUUUUGUUGUUGUUUUUUUUUUGUACAUUUUUUUUUAAAUUAUUAUUUUUAGUACUUUAAAAUUAGCUGCUGUACCAUGAAAACCUCCAUAACACCAGUUCAGUUGUUCUGUUAAUGGUGUCUGUACCAAGCCAGUCGUUCUGUUAAUGGUGUCUGUACCAAGACAGUAAUUCUGUUGCUGGUGUUUGUAAAUCCUAGUCUGCCAAAUUUUUGUUAGUAGUACAAAUUUAUCCCAAUUGAACUCCAGAAGGUACCUUUGCACAAAAUAAUUGAGUUCUGUCUUUUUAUUUUGUUUAAAAUGAAAAUCAAGUGAACUAAUAAUUGGCUACAAUUUGUUUUGUACUGAUAGUCAAUAAAGUGUUAUUAUUUGAUGGCUUGAUAAUGAUAUCAUUUGAUCAAACUUUCUUUGCCCUGUUUUUUUUUUUUUUUUAAAGCCACAAGGAAAUUGCAUUUUUUUGUUUGUUUGUGGCCAACAUUUCAUUUCUGAAUAUAAACAUAUUUAAACAUGGUACUGAGAAAAUAAAGCAAAUCAACAUUCCUUUUUUUUAUAUGUGAAUACAUGGGUGGCUUUCUGUAAGCACAGUAGCCUUGAUGGCAUUUGACUGAUGUACUGAUUUGUGUACAAUUUUUGUCUGAGAUUUCUUUGGGGCAAAUUUUUUUAAAGUGCUUAUCAAAACAAAUACUGGUACUACUGAUUGAAAGAUUUCUGCCUAUGUACCAGGGUAUUCUGUUUACUAUAUGGUAUGUCAACAGUCCUAUGGGCUGGGCAGAUAUUGUACAAUGCAUUCAACUUUUAAUAUUACCACUAAAUUGAUUAAUAAAGAAUGAGCACUGCCUAUACUUAAAAGAGUUUAAAAAAAAAAAUGCCAGCAUUUGUAAUGGGACCUUAGUGGCAUUUGUGUAAACGUAAGUCACUUCACCAUAUUACUAAUACAUGUGUCAUUAAUUGUCAGUUCUUUUGCAUUUAAAGAAAAUGAUAGAAUUACUUCAACAUCUCAUCAUAGACAUGUUUUAGUGUAGAAAAACAAAUUAGAAAAGAUUUCCAAUUACAAAAUUAUAUGUAUCUAUGCUUUUUAUGUAUGUACAUGUCCCAUUACUCCUAGCUGAAUUAGUGAAUAACAUGUAGUUAAUAUAAAUUUGGAAAAAAUAUAUAUAUUUAAAAUAUUUUGAGCAUUCCACUUGACAUUUAUUUGCAUUUGAAACACUAUGAAACUCACUGACACAAAAUGUGAUUGUUGAACUUCCUUGAUGACUUUAGUUAGAUCUAUAUGUAUCUUGCUGUAGAGCAGUUGUGAGAGGCCAUGUUGUAUGAAGAACACAAGAGACUAAAGCUGUAUAUAGAAUCAAUGUUUUUAUGUGUUCUAGCAACAUGGAUUUAUUUAAUAAAUGUACAAUUUUUACAAUCAA